CAAACUUAUUAAAAAUAAAAUUAGUGACAACUGGAAAUGGCGCUCAGAUUUUGUCGUAAAUAAACUUUCAUUUCUAUAAGUAAUUGUCUGAAAAUGCAUAUAAAACAGGUAAUUAUUCAGGGUUUUAAGAGUUACCGCGAACAAAUUGUGGUGGAACCAUUUGACAAACGCCACAACGUUGUAGUUGGCCGCAAUGGAUCAGGAAAAAGUAACUUCUUUCAUGCUAUACAGUUUGUACUGAGCGAUGAAUUCUCCCAUCUGAGACCUGAACAACGGUUAGCAUUGCUCCACGAAGGCACUGGCCCCAGGGUUAUAUCAGCCUUUGUGGAAAUCAUUUUUGACAACUCUGAUAACAGAAUUCCUAUUGAAAAAGAUGAAAUUUUUCUCCGACGAGUUAUUGGAUCAAAAAAGGACCAGUUUUUCCUUAACAAAAAGGUGGUGCCGCGUUCCGAAGUCCUGAAUCUACUAGAGAGUGCUGGAUUAUCCAACUCAAAUCCAUACUACAUUGUUAAACAGGGAAAGAUUAACCAAAUGGCCAUAGCUCCUGAUUCACAUAGAUUGAAAUUAUUGCGAGAAGUAGCUGGAACUCGAGUAUAUGAUGAGAGAAGAGAGGAGUCUGUUACUAUACUAAAAGAAACAGUAGGAAAGGUCGAGAAAAUCAAUGAAUUCUUACAAACUAUUGAAGAGCGCCUAAAGACAUUGGAAGAAGAGAAAGAGGAAUUAAAAGAAUAUCAAAAAUGGGAUCGCUCUCGGCGAGUGCUCGAAUUCAUCAUACACGACACAGAACACAGGGAGAACAAGAGAAAACUUGAAGAGUUAGAAAAAAUGCGCUCAAACAGUGGCAAAGAACAACAACAUUACGCUGAUAUGGUGAGGGAAGCUCAAGAGCAUGUUAGAGAGGCCAACAGGAAAUUGAAAGAAGCUCGCAAAGAUGUUGCAGCUGCUCGAGAAGAGAAAGACAUACUGUCCACAGAACAACAGCAGUUGUUAAGAGAGAAAACUAAACUUGAGCUUGGCAUAAAGGAUUUAACAGAUGAUGUGGAUGGAGAUAAUAAGUCCAAGGAACGCGCCGAAACUGAAUUAACACGGCUGAGACAACAGAUUUCUGAAAAGGAACGCGAAUUAGAAGAGCUGAAGCCGAAGUAUGAAGAAAUGAAAGCUCGUGAGGAGGAGUGCACCAGAGCACUGGCAUUGAACCAGCAGAAGAGACAGGAACUGUAUGCGAAACAAGGCAGAGGAACGCAGUUUACUUCAAAACAAGACAGAGAUCGCUGGAUUGAAAAGGAAUUGAAGUCUCUAAGCAAACAAAUAAAAGACAAGAAGGACCACGAGAACAAAUUACGUGAAGACCUACGUCGCGAUGCCACAAAACUGACCGAACUGGAGAAGAGAAUAGAAGAUAUGACAAAAGAAAUGGAGCGGCAACGUGUGGCUAUUGAUGAACACAACAAGCAGUAUUAUGAGUGCAAGAAGAGGAAGGACCAAGAACAAAGUGUUAGAAAUGAACUAUGGCGUAAGGAAACUACAUUGACCCAAAAUUUGUCGUCAUUGAAAGAAGACUUAUCCAAAGCUGACCAGGCUCUUCGUUCUAUGGCUGGAAAGCCAAUAUUAAAUGGAAGAGACAGUGUACGUAAAGUACUAGAGACAUUCCAAGAGAGAGGUGGGGAGUGGGCCAAAAUAGCUACCCAAUAUUAUGGCCCUGUUAUUGAGAAUUUUACUUGCGAUAAGACUAUUUACACUGCUGUUGAGGUAACAGCUGGCAAUAGGUUAUUCCAUCAUAUAGUGGAGUCAGACACAGUGGGCACAAAGAUAUUGAAGGAAAUGAACCGACAGAGCCUCCCUGGAGAAGUCACGUUUAUGCCACUUAAUCGGUUACAAGUACGAGACAUGGUUUAUCCUAAUGACAAUAAUGCUAUAGCUAUGGUACAAAAGCUGAAGUACGAUCUAAAGUACGCCAAAGCUAUGAAAUAUAUAUUUGGAAAGACACUCAUCUGCAGGAACUUGGAAUGCGCCACAGAACUCGGCAAACAAUUCCACCUCGACUGUGUAACUUUAGAGGGAGAUCAGGUAUCAUCCAAAGGGUCCCUCACAGGUGGUUACUUCAAUCAGUCGCGGUCACGUUUGGAGAUGCAAAAAACUCGUUCCGAACUUAUGGAACAGAUAACUGCACUCGAGCAAGAAUUAAGCACGCUCAGGCAAGAGUUGGGCAAAACUGAAACGAGCAUUAACAGCAUUGUUUCUGAGAUGCAGAGAACAGAAACUAAGCAAGGAAAAGCGAAAGACAUAUUUGAUAAAGUGAAAGCCGAUAUACGUUUAAUGAAAGAAGAGUUGGGAUCCAUAGAACGGUUCAGGGGACCUAAGGAACGGUCUUUAGCACAAUGCCGUUCAAGUUUAGAGGCCAUGCAGGCAACCAAGGAGGGUCUGGAAUCUGAACUGCAUCAGGAACUAAUGGAACAACUGUCAACUGCUGAUCAAGGGAAAGUGGACGAGUUGAACGACGCUAUACGGCGCCUCACGCAAGAGAAUAAAGAGGCGUUCAGCGCUAGGAUGAAUCUCGAGGCCACUAAAAAUAAACUUGAGAAUUUACUUACAAACAACUUAAUAAGACGUAAAGAUGAAUUAGUUCAAGCUCUACAAGAGAUCUCUGUAGAAGAUCGCAAGCGGCGGCUAGCUAACAGCAAAGCGGAUCUAGCAGCAGCUGAGAAAAGGAUUCGACAGAUCAACAAGGAGCUAGAAGAAGUGGAACGUAAGGUGCAGGCCGCCGUAAAGAACGAGAAAGCGCUCAAGCUGGAAUUAGACAAGUGGAGGAACAAGGAAAAAGAAGCCCAAGACAAAAUGGAGGAAGAUGCUAAAGGAUUGGAAAAGAUGGCCUCUAAAGAAGUGUUGUUACAAGAAAAAAUUCAGGAAUCUCUAGAUAAGAUCGCGGCUCUGGGAACGCUUCCUAAUGCGCCCGAAUUACAUUCCAAAUACCAAAAGAUGUCGUUGAAACAGUUAUUCAAAGAACUGGAGAAAGCAAACCAGCACCUGAAGAAGUACAACCAUGUGAACAAAAAAGCCUUGGAUCAGUUCAUCAGCUUCUCAGAACAAAAAGAAAAACUUUACAAACGGAAAGAAGAACUUGACAUUGGUGGAGAGAAAAUUCGAGAACUUAUAGAAACAUUGGAACACAGAAAAUUAGAAGCAAUACAGUUUACAUUCAAGCAAGUGAGCAAGAACUUUACAGAAGUUUUCAAGAAGUUAGUGCCACAGGGCCGGGGCAGUCUCAUUAUGAGGGUGGCGACUGACGACGGGCAAGAAGUCAACGCUGAUCGAGCAAAUGCAGACCAGUUCACAGGCGUCGGUAUCAAGGUGUCAUUUACCGGCGGUGAAGGCGAUAUGCGAGAGAUGAAUCAACUAUCCGGCGGACAGAAGUCGCUCGUCGCGCUAGCACUCAUAUUCGCAAUACAGAAGUGUGACCCUGCACCGUUCUACUUGUUCGACGAAAUCGAUCAGGCUCUAGACGCCCAGCAUCGUAAAGCCAUCGCGAAUAUGAUCCACGAGCUCUCAACAUCCGCUCAAUUUAUCACCACAACCUUCAGACCGGAGUUACUAGAACACGCGCACAAAUUCUACGGUGUCAAGUUCAGAAACAAGGUGUCGCACGUGGAAUGCGUGACGCAGGAGGAAGCCAGAGACUUCGUGGAGGAUAGUGCGACUCACGCGUAAAUGAAGUUAAUGUUAUAUUAAAAACAGUUAGUUUCGAGUUGAAACUGCCUUAUUAUAGUUCGAAUAUGCUAUUCGAAAGUUGUCAAUUUCCAUUAAGAUUAUUCACAUUUUUAGUUUAGUAUUCCAAUAUUAACUUUAUGGAAUUUAUAUUUAAAUUAUACAUUUUUUUGCUAAGACAUUUAUGUAAUAAUUUAAUUGGAAUUUCUUUACCAAAACCAUACCAAUAAAUAGAAUGACCGGGACUACGGUCCUUACGUAACAUUUAAAUAUGAGAUAAAACAUACAGUUGACAUUGUAUUAAAGCGACACAGAAUUAUAUUCAUAAUUUUAAGGUUACUGUUAUAUUUUUGACAAUAUAAAGAUUUAUCUAAAGAUAACUAGUUGUAUUGUAUUUGCAAACAUUCAAUCUUCAUAGGUAAAAUUAUCUGGUUAAUAAUGUUAUUACAUCAUCGCAGUUCAAGUGAAGUGAUUAGUUUCUCGUAAAUUUCAAAUUUUCUCACUGAGUAACUUAGAUGUCAGGUACAUUAAAAUUAUUACUUAAUUGGAUAAUUAUAAAUUUACACAAUUAUUUUCGGUUUGUACAGGCAGUCCCAUAUCCUUAAUAAUAAGUAUGGUUUUGUACCUAUGAAACAAGAUUAGAAGUAUAAAUUGUUGAAUAGAAAAUAAUGUAAAGAUUUCUAAGUUUAUAUGAACUAUGAUUAUGAUUGGCAUCACUAUGUAAAAUCGAUACGCAAGGCGAAUAGUGACAAGAACUUUUGGCAUUAUUGUAUUAUUUUGGUAGAUAGAGCCAAUAAUAUGCAUUAUUCACUUAUGUUUAUUUAUUGUUUACACAGAUAUCAUAUAUGGGUAACAUACAUACAAAGAAAAUAUCACAUUGAGAACCUCUUUUGUUCUGAAGUAGUCAAAUAAUAAACAGAAUAUGUAUAGUAAAAGUAGAAACUGAUUUAUAUUAAAAAGAAGCAAAUGGAAUAUUAUUUUAUUUUAAAAACAGCAACAUAUUUACACAUUUCAACUUAGUCGACACUAUUCGGCUUGGGUACUAAAAUAUUUUUUAGAGUACAUAGUGGUGCUAACAUGUAAUAAUUUGAC